UAAGCAAAUUUUUAAUGGAUGUUCUUUAUUCGAAAGUGUCAACCUAAGAACUAGUUCUAGGAAAAAUAUAAAAAAUAAAUACAUCUUUAAUGAAACAGGUCUUCAACAUGUAAUUUCGUGGGAAGUUCAGCAUAUUUUUUGCUUGGAACAUGAAAUAUUUCAAUACCAGAUUAAUACACGCUUUAGCCCUACGACAUUAUUAACAUACAACUCUAGAUUAUACUAAUUAAUAUUUAAUUAAGAAUUUUUUUAUAAUACAACCACAUAUUUUUAAAUAUUACUUCUAUAAACUAUAAAUGUAAUAAAUGCGUGAUUGUAAUGAAACAUGUUUAAACCAAUAAAAAAAAAAAAACAAAAAAACAAAUCCCUAAAGGUCCUGGUCCGCCUGAUGAAUGUACCAUCAACACACAUAAUAACACUACUACUACUAUUAGUACACACUCCGAAUUGACGGGAAAAUCAUCAAAUCUUUCAAAUAGUCGUGAUACCACAACGACCUCUUGUUCGGCAUGCCCUUCGGGUAGUUGUUUAAAUUUUUCCUCCAAUGAAGAAUCGGAACGUGAUUAUGAUUUGCUAACAUCAUCUAUGUCGCCUGUAUGUAACUGUGAUUGUGAAUGUGCCACACAAACGGCUAAUGCCACAACUAGUCCUACACUUAACACAUUGAAUGCCGCCUGUUCGCCUACUCCCUCGCUGUCUGCGGCAUCGGCCUGUAAUGCUGCAGUCGAUGUUGAACAGCAACAUUUUUCCUUUUCCUCAUCGAUUGCAAACCUUAGAUUACACACUUCUUCAUCGUCGUACAAUCAUCAUCAGCGUCCUUCCCAAUUUUUGCAUCAACAAAAUCAUUUUUCAUCGCUAUUAAAUAAUGCGGCCGCCGCUUGUUCGUCAUCAACAUCGUGUUUUAUAUCGUCUGCUAUUUCGUCGGCCAAUGUCUGUGCCACCGGACCAGCUACGGCUAAUAGUUCAUAUUUAUGUUCCACAUCGGCUCCCACAUCGGCUCCCACAUCGGCUAGUGCUAAUAAUAGUUUAGCAGCGCGUCGUCAGUCUAUUAGUAAAUUAUUAACUACAACACAUAAUAAUAAUACUUGUAGUAUAAAUAAUAAUUCCACCUCUACAACAACCACCAGUCUGUGUGGUUUUAAAAACAAUUCCCUAUUAACUUCGCCACCAUCGGCUACUCAGCAUCAGCAGCAACAACAACAACAUUCCUUUUCUAGUUCUUCUCGUGGUUUUGUUGGUCUAUUUUGCAACAGUCGUUCUGCAUCGAACAAUGAUGUUAACGAGUCAUCCUCGUCGCCCCAUCACAAUUUACCUCAGCGGUCACAUCAACAUAAUACCACAACAAAUCAACAACAUCACCACCACCAUCAUCAACAACAUCUCCAACAGCAACCACAUCAUUAUUAUGAUGAUAAUAAUCAACAUAAACCAUUGAAAAGUAGUGAUAGUUUAUCAGAUGUUAGUGAUACAUUUGAAUGGUGGUUUCAAAAACACAAAAGAAAUUCAACAAAAAAGAGCAGAUCGUCACCAGUGAGUAGUUGUUGUGGCAGUAGUAGUCAUGGUCGCUCCAGUCCGGACAACGAUAUGGGCGAACCGCCAACAUUGCCCUUAAGUCCAGGUUAGCCGGUUCUUUUAAUUUCACAUAUACAUUUCCAUAUACAUAUAUGCCUACUUAUUUGUGUGUGUGUAUAUAUACUUUAAUUAUAAAUACAACUAUGUAUUCAAAAUGUGUAUAAAAAAACUGUUAACAGUUUCCAAGUUCAACUUUAUACCACCAUCUUUUUUUCAACUUUUUCCUUUUAAUAAAUAAAAAAAAAACUACACUUUUGCUUUAAGUAUUUCAUAUAUUGUUAAACAAAUUGUGUAAGUUAAUAUUAUUUUCUUUAAAAAAUCUUAUUUUUUUCUCUUCAAUUUAUUUGCAGUGUAAUCUUUCGUUUUGUUUUAUUUGCAGUGUAAAACUUUUUUCAAACUACAAAAAUCUAUUUAAUGGCUCCACUUUUUUCUUAUUCGUUUUCAGAUUUAACUGUAUUUCUUUAUUUAAGUUUUAUUUUUAUAUUAUUUUCUUGUUUGGUCGUAGUUGCUGCUUGUUUGUAAUUUUAAAUGCUGUUUUUUAGGUUUUAUUUGCUAUAUAUGUAUCUUAUAAUGUUUUCGCUUGAUUUUUGGGUAAAUAAUAAUACAGAGUUCUUAAUAGUUUUUAAAACCGACGCAAUUACUGGUUUACAGACU